AAAAAAGAUUGCGGACCAGCUCCACCGCACAUCCACCGUCCUCCAUCAUGUCUGUCACCAAAGUCCAUGCCCGCCAGAUCUUCGAUUCCCGCGGAAACCCAACCGUAGAGGUUGAUCUCUAUACAGAACGAGGUCGAUUCCGCGCUGCCGUGCCUUCUGGCGCGUCCACUGGUGUUCACGAAGCCGUCGAACUUCGUGAUGGCGAUAAGGCCAACUACGUCGGAAAGGGUGUCUCCAAGGCCGUUUCAAACGUCAACGAUAUCCUCGGCCCUGAACUCGUCAAGUCAGGCCUCAAGGUCACCCAGCAGAAGGAGAUCGAUGAUUUCCUUAUCAAACUCGACGGCACCCCAAACAAGGGCAAACUCGGUGCUAAUGCCAUCCUUGGUGUGUCCAUCGCCGUUGUCGAGGCCGGCGCUGCAGAAAAGGGUGUGCCCGUCUACCAACACCUUGCUGAGCUCGCCGGCGUGAAACCCCCUUAUGUCUUGCCCUGCCCGGCUUUCAACGUCAUCAACGGUGGCUCACACGCUGGUAACAAGCUUGCUUUCCAGGAGUUCAUGCUCCUGCCCACCGGUGCUUCCUCUUUCACGGAAGCAAUGAAGAUCGGGACGGAGACGUAUCACACCCUGAAGAAGGUCAUCAGCGCCAAGUACGGCAUCGAUGCCGUCAACGUUGGUGAUGAGGGUGGUUUCGCCCCUAACGUGUCCGGCGCUGAGGAAGCCCUCGAACUGCUCUCGGAGGCCAUUAAGAAGGCUGGAUAUGAGGGAAAAAUAAAGAUUGCUCUUGAUGUCGCCUCGUCGGAGUUCUACAAGGAUGGCAAGUACGAUUUGGAUUUCAAGAAUCCCAAAUCGGAUCCUCAGAAUUACAUCUCUGGGACCGAGCUCGCUGAGCUUUAUAUCUCUUACUGCAACAAAUACCCUAUCGUUUCCGUCGAAGACCCAUUCGAUCAGGAUGACUGGGAAGCAUGGGUUCACUUCACGAAGCACAGCUCCGUGCAAAUAGUGGGUGAUGACUUAACUGUCACUAACCCCUUGCGUAUCAAGACGGCCAUCGAGAAGAAGGCUUGCAACGGCUUGCUCCUGAAGAUCAACCAAAUCGGUACUAUUUCGGAGUCAAUCCAGGCUGCGCAGCUCGCCCAGUCCGAUGGUUGGGGUGUCAUGGUUUCUCACCGCAGUGGUGAGACCGAGAACACUAUCAUCGCAGACCUCGUCGUUGCCCUUGGUACUGGCCAGAUCAAGACUGGUGCGCCCGCACGAAGCGAGCGCGUCGCAAAAUACAAUGCCUUGUUGCGCAUCGAAGAGGAGAUCUCGGGCAGCGGUGCGACAUACGCAGGUGGGAAAGGUCUCGCUGAGGGUCUCAACGCGCCUGCUUUGCACAAAAAGUAAAAGAUUUCGCGAGGAAGCUGGUUACGAUGAGCUUCUUGUUGGAGCAAAACUAGACGGUGUGCGGGUGGCUUUGUACGAUUCAUUUUAGACGGUUGCAUUGAUGUUGUGCUCAUUAUAUGCUAUUUGCGAGAAAAUGUCAUUAUCGUUUUUUUAGAUCGAGCAACAAUGGGUUAUCAGUUUGCCGAAUCUCCUUGAUUUGAAGUCGAACGUGAUAAGGGGGGUCACGUGCAAUGA